CACAGGCCUGAUGAGUUGGGAGAGCAGCCCGCGAGCUUUAGGGGUCCUGCAGCCCUGUUUCUGAGUCCCUGGCCCCUAACCAGACGCCUCCGAGCACCUCGGUGCAAAGCAGCGCGGCGAGCGCCACCCGUCUGCGCGCUGCGUGGAAAGGGGAGGGCCGACACCACUUCCUCCCCGGGGCAGCGGACCUCGAGCCAGGGUGCAGCCGACCUCAGAGCCGAAGGCGACCGCGCCGCCCGCCCCGCCGCCGGCCCCCAGCUGCCCAGCCCGCCGGGCGCCCCCACCGCGUCUCCGCGCGUCGGUCCCCGCAGAGCCGUCGAGAUGGGUGAGUCAAAUGAAGAUAUAGACCAAAUGUUCAGCACUUUGCUGGGAGAGAUGGAUCUUCUGACCCAGAGUUUGGGAGUUGACACUCUUCCUCCUCCAGACCCUAAACCACCUAGAGCUGAAUUUAACUACAGUGUGGGUUUUAAAGAUUUAAAUGAGUCUUUAAAUGCACUGGAAGACCAAGAUUUAGAUGCCCUGAUGGCGGAUCUGGUAGCAGACAUAAGUGAAGCUGAGCAGAGGACAAUCCAGGCACAGAAAGAAUCCUCUCAAGAGCAUCACCAUUCAGCAGCUCUGGAGGCAUCAAAUUGCAGUGGUGCAACCUCUCUGGAUUAUAGAGCAAAUGUUGCUGCGACCAGUAUCAGCCAAUAUGAGGAUGAUUUACCACCUCCACCAGCUGAUCCCAUGUUAGACCUUCCACUGCCUCCACCACCUCCUGAGCCUCUCUCUCAGGAAGAAAUAGAAGCCCAAGCCAAGGCUGAUAAAAUUAAGCUAGCAUUGGAAAAACUGAAGGAGGCCAAGGUUAAAAAGUUAGUGGUCAAGGUGCACAUGAAUGAUAACAGCACAAAGUCACUGAUGGUGGAUGAGCGACAGCUGGCCCGAGAUGUUCUGGAUAAUCUUUUUGAAAAAACUCAUUGUGACUGCAAUGUGGACUGGUGUCUUUAUGAAACAUACCCAGAAUUACAAAUUGAGAGGUUGUUUGAAGACCAUGAAAACGUUGUUGAAGUCUUAUCAGAUUGGACAAGAGACACAGAAAAUAAAGUACUAUUUUUGAAGAAAGAGGAAAAAUAUGCUGUAUUUAAAAAUCCCCAGAAUUUCUACCUGGAUAACAAAGGGAAAAAAGAAGGCAAGGAGUCCAAUGAAAAAAUGAAUGCCAAGAACAAGGAAUCCUUACUUGAGGAAAGUUUCUGUGGAACAUCUGUCAUUGUACCAGAACUUGAAGGAGCUCUUUAUUUGAAAGAAGAUGGAAAGAAAUCCUGGAAAAGGCGAUAUUUUCUUUUACGGGCUUCUGGAAUUUAUUAUGUCCCCAAAGGAAAGACUAAGACAUCUCGAGAUCUGGCAUGUUUUAUACAGUUUGAAAAUGUCAACAUUUACUAUGGGAUUCAGUGUAAAAUGAAAUACAAAGCACCCACUGACUACUGCUUUGUUUUAAAGCACCCCCAAAUUCAGAAGGAGUCCCAGUACAUCAAGUAUCUUUGCUGUGAUGACGCGAGAACGCUCAACCAGUGGGUCAUGGGAAUAAGGAUCGCCAAGUAUGGAAAGACUCUCUAUGAUAACUAUCAGAGGGCUGUGGCAAGGGCUGGACUUGCCUCUCGGUGGACAAACCUAGGGACCGCCAACGCAGCUCCGCCAGAUCGACCUUCUACAGGACUUAAAACAGGCCCUGCCCAGCCCAACGGUCAGAUACCCGAGACUGCACCUUCCGUCAGGGCUGUUCUUGAAGAGGCCCAGAGACAUGUUGAAACAACUAAGGAUAACAAGCCAGCCGCGGGUACCCAGGACCCGGGAACGCCCCGGGCGCACCACCUCCCGAAGGCCAGCCUGCCGCCGCCGCCUCCGCUGCGGCGGUCCUCGGACACGGGCGGCAGCCCCGCGACGCCGCCCAAGGCCAGGGGCGCGGGCACCGGCGGCCUCCCGGCCCCGCCCGACGACUGUCUGCCGCCGCCGCCGCCGCCGCCGCCGCCCGAGGACGAGGAGCUCCAGCCGCCGCCGCCCGAUUUCAACGACGCGCCCCCGGACUUCGUGCCCCCGCCGCCGCCGCCGCCGUUCGCAGGCGACCCGGGCUCCGCGCUGCCGCCGCCGCCGCCGCCGCCGCCCGGCCUGGCCCCGGAACCCGCCCGGCCUUCCCCGACGGCCGCCAAAAGGCUUCCCGUGCCCCCCAAGAGGCAGGAGAGCCCGGGUCCCCCCGGCGGGGCAGCGGGCGGGGAGCAGGACUUCAUGUCGGAUCUCAUGAAGGCCUUGCAGAAGAAGAGAGGCCACCUGGCCUAGCCGGGGCCGCGGCCCCACUGUCCCCCCGGACCAGCUGCGGAGCUUGCAGACCCGAAGUGACCCGGGCUGGUGCCGCCGCUCCGCCCCCAGGCCCGCGGGCCAGCCUCGCCACCCGACGGUGGACGCGUCUCUGU